UGAGCCCAGUAGCAGCAACAACCUGUGCAGCAGAAGAAGAGAGCCGAGCCGACAGCAGCAGGCUACGAACACCGCAGUGCAUAACAGCCACCAUCAGCCCGUCUCCUGCUUUCUUCAACAGCAGCCACACCACGGAGGACAAGCGACGUCUGUUCCCGACCCUAAAUCACCGAGAAGACCCCUCCGCCUCCGGACACCCGCUCGUCCUUCACCGCCUGCGUGCAGUUUGUGGAGUAAACUGACGGACGGUGGAUAAACCCUCUGGUUCCUCCUUGAGUUCUCAGUGGAAGAGGUCUUUUCCAGUCACAGAAGUCUCUACGGAGUCAAACGUGAGUGUUUUCAUUUUUUAUCAUGAUUUUCUAUAUCUUCUUCCUGGUAGGCUUUUAUCUGCUGACAACUUUGUUUCAUUCAGGGUCUAACAUAGAUGACUGUAUCAAAGUGAUGAAUGAUGAGUUGAUAAAACUGCUUUGACACAAACAGGUUGUCAGACUAAUUUUAUGUUGUUUAACGGUGGAGGCGCCAAUGUUGUAUUGUUGAAAUGGAUGGGAUGGAACUCGAGGGUAAAGGAAAUCAAAGUUUUGGGUUUGAUGAAAAUCUAAAAUUUCCAGGACCAUCAUAGUGUUACAUGGUUAAAUGCUUGCUGAAUGUUUCCGGACUCUUAAAUCUCGACAUCAUACCGAUUACACCGUAUUUGAUGUAGUGUGUGGAGAUUUGAUUGACUACAAUCUAGACCACGGGUCGCCAACCGGAUGCCCCCGGGAACCAUAUAAGGGGCCCUCUGACCAUUUCUCCAAAUAGCACAAGUUUAACAUACCGGUACAUACAUAAGUAAAUAAUGAAUAUCUGCUGCUGUUUUUUAUCAUAAAUACAUUUAUAUAGAUUUUAAAACAACACAUUUCUUUAAAAAAAAUAGCAAAAUAUGUUUAUUAUGCAUGAAGUUUAGUUUAACUCUUAGUCAUUCCAGUUCAAAGGUCUGCUGGUAGCCCCGCUUGGCUCAGUACCCUUGAAGGUUGGUGACCCCUGGUCUGGUCGAUCAUUUGCUUUGCAUGUCUGUCUAGCAAUGCUCCACUGGAAGCUCCGCAGCCCCAGACUUUAUUGUGACUAGCCAAUCACAGCGCGUUUAUUCAGAUAAACAAUAAUGCAUUAUUGUCUUCUGUCAUGAUUUAAUGGCGGACUGCUCUGUUUACUGGCAUCAACUGACUUGGGCUUUUCUUUGAGUCAAAAGCAAAUAGAGGCACUUAGGUCCCUUAUGUAGAAAAAUAAUGUGUUUGCAUUUUCUAUGAUGGCUGCCUCGUUGACUGACAUCCGUAGGGACGAGUACUUCACGUCGUUUAGCCAAUAGCAUGGAAGAUAACGGUAGAUCUCGCCCCAUGGACCGUGGCCAGACGAUAUAUUCACAUAUUUAGGAUGGCUUGUCAGACUAGAGAUUUGGAGUCAUACAUUUAAAACUCAUACUUUACCGCAGUUUUUAUCUGAAAAAGAGCAACAUAAUGGUACAAUGAUCAUUCCAAUCCAUUAUUUACCGUGUUUUCCGGUGUAUAAAUCGCUCCGGAGUAUAAGUCGCAUCAGCUAUAAAAUGUAUAGUGAAGAAGAAAAAAUCAUGUGUCGCACUGGACUAUAAGUCGCAUUUUGGGGGAAAUUUUAUUAUUUUUCUUACAAAAUCUGAGACCAAGCAUUUCACAUUGCAAGACAAGUACCGGUAACAAUAACAGAAUGAACCACCAGGGGGCAGCACCCCGCCACAGGCUGCAGCAGAGUAUGGCGGUGCCCUCCCAGCAGGACAGGGGAGCUCAUUCCUGGGUCGCAUCGGCCCGCAGCAGCACGGUAUACAUCAUUUGCUAUAUAAGUCGCAGAACCAGCCAGACUAUGAAAAAAAGUGCGACUUAUAGUCCGGAAAAUAUGGUAUAAGAAAUAAAGUGCUUAAACUUUACGAUUUGGAAACUGUAUAAAGCUUGUAAAGAUAUCUUACUCCUAAAUGUUCAGUCCCUGUUCGUAAGAUGAGAAAGCAGCUAUAAUCCAGAAGGAACGGAUGUAUUAAAAAUAACGAGGAGUUCAUUGUUAGUGGCCUAUAGGACUAUUUAAGGAGGGAAACUGAAGCCCUGAGGUCACCUAAAGGAUAUCUUAAAGACAUCGUAGAUACAGCAAUGACUUUCAGGGGAGAUUUGAGAUUUCUGUUUCUGAGCGGAUAGAUGAGCUUGCAUUAGAGGUAAACAUAGGUCGGUUAGGCUUGUUAUGUUGUAGGUUUGAUUUGCAGACUAAACCCAGUUAUGUCUGAUGUUUUCAUAUUGUUUAAAAGGGACAGAGCUUCAUUCAUGCAUUUCAAUGGAUUUCUAAUGUUUGCAGAUUUUAUUCAGAUUUUUUUCCUUAAAAGAAAUAAAUAAAAUAAAAAUCUGUUGUUUUUCCCAACACAUUUGUAAGAGAUUGGCAUCAAUAAAACAAACAAAAGUAGCAACUGCGCUCUGAUGUUGGAUGUGAAGUCUGCAGCUGCUGGUUUCAGAACGGUGCAAUAGCAGAACACAACCACAAGAGGGAGGCAGAGACUCUUAGUUGAUAGAGUUACUAUAGAAAAUGUUUAACUGUAAGAAUAAUUUCAGCAUUACAGAUGUUUCUGUUUUAAGGUUUUAACUGAAUGCAUGAGCAAAGACGAUUUUUUUUUGUUUUUUGGGAUAAAUAUCCUAAUUAUGAUCAAAGUAAAUAAUUAAAAAGAGUUUUGUUUGCAGCUUUUACGCCGUUUUCAGCAUAAAAACUUAAAGUUAAGUUUGGUGCAGAGAUCAACUUUGAGUUAAAGGUUUUGCUUCUGUUGCCUAAUAACGUCGUUCCUCUGAGCUCGUCCCCUCCCGCUCCCUCACACCCUGCUCCAUUACCUCCGCUCCGCGCCUCCUGAUAGGGCAGACAUGGAGUCGGCGGACGAGCGAAGCAGCUAGAGGAGGAGGCGAGAGAGGGAGGGAGUUUGGGUUUGAGAGAAGGAACAGAAACAAAGAAAUGCUGCAGGUGUUGUGAGGCUGAACAUCCUGCUCGUCUGUAGCUGGACUCUGACAGGUCAGGCAGAGGUGAGGGACAGGUGGGCUCAUGUCAGCAGCUGUUUUAACCUGAAGUUGGAUUUUCAGAGCCGCUUGGUCGGUUUUAGAUCCAGCAUGGCUCUCUUUACCAACGAAGCGCAGAGUCUGGGCUCCUAUUUCUGUCUGGUCCGACGCAAGUUUAAGAGGAGGCGGAAGAAGCGCUCCGAACGCAAAGGUGCCGUGGGGGCGAGGCUGCUCUCAGGUCAGAGCAAACCUGACACCAUGGAUGUGGACGAGGAGGAGAACAUGAGUUCAAGCAGCACAGACGUUAAGGAAAACCGAAACCUGGACAACGUGUCCUGCAAAGAUGGGAUGGGAGUCGCUGAUCAGCUCCCCAACGGAAGCAGCCUCAGCAGUCGAAAGCGGCCCUUAGAGGAGGGUAACAAUGGCCACGCGCAUUCCAAGUUCCGCGCCAAGAAGCGCAAGAAAACGCCGGGUCCGGUGCUGCCCAAGAAUGCUCUGAUGCAGCUGAAUGAAAUCAAACCAGGUCUACAGUACAAACUGCUGUCUCAGACGGGACCGGUCCACGCACCAGUCUUUGUCAUGACUGUAGAGGUCAAUGGACAGGUGUUUGAGGGUAUGGGCCCAACCAAGAAGAAGGCUAAACUGAAUGCAGCUGAGAAAGCCCUGCGUUCUUUCGUACAGUUCCCUAAUGCAUCCGAGGCACACCUGGCUAUGGGCCGAACGCUGACGGUGAACACAGACUUUACAUCUGACCAAGCUGACUUCCCUGACAUGCUCUUCAAUGGCUUUGAGACACCAGCUGCAUCUGAAGAAUCCUUUUAUCUAGGCUCCAACGGUACAAAUUCUCUAGGGGAGUACCCAUUACCCACGCCUCCUGGCAGCAACCUUGCCCAAGCCCCAUUGCCCCCUCCAUCUGCAUUUAGCUCACCAUCCGCCGGCAAAAACCCAGUCAUGAUCCUCAAUGAGCUCAGACCAGGCCUCAAAUAUGAGUUUGUCUCAGAGAGUGGUGAGAGUCAUGCCAAGAAUUUUGUGAUGUCUGUAACGGUGGACUCACAGACAUUUGAAGGCUCAGGGCGCAACAAGAAACUGGCUAAAGCCCGGGCAGCGCAAGCCGCCCUAUCUGCUCUGUUCAACAUGCAGCUAGACCAGACGCCAUCCCGGCAGCCUAUACCAAGGGAAGGGUUGCAACUUCACUUACCACAGGUUCUGGCUGAUGCCGUCUCUCGCCUGGUGGUGGAUAAGUUCAGUGAGCUGACAGACAACUUCACAUCCCCCCAUGCGCGGCGAAAAGUCCUGGCAGGAGUUGUCAUGACGACAGGCACAGACGUGAAGGAAGCACAGGUCAUUUGUGUUUCCACGGGAACCAAAUGCAUCAACGGUGAGUACAUGAGCGACCGCGGCCUGGCCCUCAACGACUGCCAUGCCGAGAUCAUCGCGCGACGCUCGCUCAUCAGGUACCUCUACACUCAGCUGGAGUUCUUCCUCAGCACUAAGGAAGACCACCAGAAGUCGAUGUUUGUGCUGUGUGACAAGGGCGGCUACAGGUUAAAGGACAACGUUCAGUUCCACCUCUACAUCAGCACCUCGCCCUGCGGAGACGCCAGGAUCUUCUCUCCCCACGAAGCCGGCGUGGAAGAUCAAGGAGACAGACAUCCGAACCGCAAAGCCAGAGGCCAGCUGAGGACAAAAAUCGAGUCGGGGGAGGGGACGAUCCCCGUGAGGUCCAGCAACACCAUCCAGACGUGGGACGGCGUGCUGCAAGGAGAGAGGCUGCUCACCAUGUCCUGCAGUGACAAGAUAGCGAGGUGGAACGUGGUGGGCAUCCAGGGCUCUUUGAUGAGCUACUUCACCGAGCCCAUCUACUUCUCCAGCAUCAUUCUCGGCAGCCUCUACCACGCCAACCACCUCUCCAGGGCCAUGUACCAGCGCAUCGCAGACAUCGAGGACCUGCCCCAGCAGUUCACCCUCAACAGGCCUCUGCUAAGCGGGAUCAGCAAUGCUGAGGCCAGGCAGCCGGGCAAGGCACCAAACUUCAGCGUGAACUGGACGGUGGGCGACCAGGCCCUGGAGGUGAUCAACGCCACCACAGGCAAGGACGACAUGGGCCGGGCUUCGCGGCUCUGCAAGCACGCCCUCUACAGCCGCUGGGUGCGCCUGCACUCCAAGUUGUCCUCCAUCCUGCGGAUUAAAGCUAUGAAGCCCAGCUCGUACCACGAAGCCAAGCAGGCGGCCUUAGAGUACCACUCCGCCAAGAAGGCGCUCAUCAAAGCCUUCCACAAGGCCGGCCUUGGGGCUUGGGUCAAAAAGCCCAUCGAGCAGGACCAGUUCACCCUCAGUUCCUGAGGAAGUCCUGCACCGCCCUCCGCAACCCCAGCCAGCUUCAGGUUCUCAAACUUCUCAUCGUUUUCAUUCCUCAGAGGACCUCAGCCUCAUGUCUUAUUGGUUUUUACCGGAUGGUGUUUUCCGUCUAAAAGUUUUCUGUUUUCCAACUAGAUUCAUGUUUGUCUGAUUUCAUUGCUCUUUUAAAACCAUUGAAUUGUUUUAUUUUUCCCAGAGAACUCCCGUUCCUGGUACUGUAGCCGUGGUAGAUGAGAUUAUGAAGUUUUUAUAAAGUGUAACUAAGUUAGCAUAAAGUUUAUUUUAGAUACAGGGUCAUUUUUCGACAAAAACCAGUGUAUUUGGACCUAAAGCAAGAAAAAUUGAACUAUACUUACUAAAAUUAAAGUGACAGUGUGUAGUUUCCUGGCGAUAGGGGCAGUACUGCCUAAAUCAUUGCAAGCCAGCGGUAUUUGUAUGUUCGAGUGACAACGUUACCAACAAAUGGCCAUAAAGACCAAACAUCUCUGAGUAUCGUAGCGCUAUUUGUUUUUUAAUUGAAUAAACUGUAAGACAGAAUUACCUCCAGCAUAUCGCUGUGGUUGUCUGCUAGUUUAAAAACGUUGCGGUAAAUGUUUCCAGUUGAGCACAAAGCAUGCGGCCUCAGUCCGUGGAGAGAAUGCCAUGCCGAUGCUAGUUUUCUGGCGGUGUAGGUACCGAAUCGGCUCGAGGUCCUGCGCCUGUCGAUGACGUCAAACUACAAGGACUACAAUCGCAAGUUUGUCCGGACCGCUCAAAAUCUUCUGUGUCAACGUGCUAACGUAACUUGUACGAAUGUGGUAACGUCACUUCCACAAGUCAUACGUCCAGCCAGUCAUCUAGUGUGACAUCAUCGACGUCUAAUAUGGCGUCCCCCAGAGACUUAGACCCGUGCCCGUGUAGAUUUUUAUGGUUAUAUGUUACGAAGCUGCCAAUACUUUCCAAAGACUGCGUAAUUUUAUUAAUUUUCAACUUUUUGUUGGAUAUUUCCUGAGAUUAACGGUAGAAACUACACAUUGUCACUUUAACAGUGAUUUUUAUCUUAAUGACACUUAAAUGUUCAGGUUGUAGAAUUUAGUAGAGAAAGGUGAGACUAGGGUGGCUCUAACAUAUGUUACCUGGUAUUAAAGGUGAAAAUAAAACAUGGCCACCCUGUUUGAUUCACUGACUGGAACGACAAUCUGAGAGUUUAGUUUGUUUUUUUGGUUUUGUUUCCAUGUCUUUGUUGGUUUAUUCAGGCUUUUGUCCUCAGUUUUCCCAUCAUUUCAUACUUGAAGAGUGGGGGAGGGCACGCGGACUCCCUCUCCCCUUCGCCUGGGUCUCGGGACGAGCUUCAGGAGACGCUGCACGUUGUAACUUCUUCCUUGGCUUUAAGCCAUGGCUUUGCAUGGGAACUGAACUGAGAGGCUUGCGGAGCAGAAAACGUGUGAUGGAGGACUCCCUGCGUCCAUCAGCGAAUGAUUUUUUUUUAUGAAUGCCAGCAACUUUUCUCCACAGGCAGCUUUGAAUAUUUGUCUCUGUUUUCUAGAUUUCUGGGGUUGAAGGGACGCGUUUCCUUUGGUUUGUUCUGAUUUUUCCCCCUUUAAAAAUGAUUUAAGUGGGUAAAACUGCAGUGAAAAUUCAACAAACCUCUCGGCCGUUUAAUAGAUGUCCUGUGGCGACGCGCGCGCACACACACACACUAGAUGUCCUGUGGCGAUGCGCACACACACACUAGACUCACUAAAGGCCACACUAAGCCAGUCUCGUGGCUGCGAUGCAAACACGUUUCAAAUCUCCAGACUUCCACAGACGGUGAAGUCAUAUGCAGCCCCUGCAUGAACAGAUGUUGUAUGCUAAUACCUGAUGCCAGUAGUUUACAACCAAAUGUACAGGAUCACAGUGAUGUUCAUCCUCCUGCUAAAUGCACUCAUGUUGUAAACAGAUCAGCGAGGACACAUUACCAAGCAAAUGCAGCUGUAGGAAAAACAUGUUGUGCUCAGGUGUCUUUCAGCAUACUCUGUUCAAUUUUCACCAAAGAUGAUGUCCAUGUGUGUUCCUACCCGAGUAUUUUCUAAUGUCUCAUGCGUUUCUUUGUCCUUUUUGCCAUCAGCCCUUUACCGUCGGUUUUUGUAAAUCUACAAAAUGUUUUGUACAAAAAAACGAUGCACUCUGUUCCUCAACGGGGGAAACUGAAUCGUCAAGCUUCUUAGUGCAACCGUAGCCGUCAGUGACCUUGUGUUUAUUGUGAACUUGCGAUCAUAACUGCUGCAGCAUAGUAGUUCUGUGUAAAUAACAAAAAUGGCCGUUUUUCUUCCUCGUGAAUCAAAAACAAUCCUGAAACUUUCCUCUGUUGGUGGGAAUGUAAAGGUGUUCUUGUUCGUUCGUGUGUGUUCGUGGUUCUGUGAGACUCACGGAGCGCCGUGACAAUAUGGCACUAACUCUGCCGGGGUUAACCUGCUUCAUCCCCAUUGUAGCCACACACACACACACACACACACACACACACACACAGAGAAAAAGCACUGUUAGUGCCUCCUCCUCCUCCACCAGCUGGCACUUGAUGUCAUUUACUGGAUGUAACUUUUUUCACAUCUAGUUUUUCGAGUCCGAAUAUCCAAAACAUUAGCUUUGAAAUUUGGUGUUUAAGGAAAGAACGGCUGUCCUUGUGCCGACCUGCUAAUGGAUCCCCGCUGAGGUCAGAAGCAAUACUCCAGAUCACUGCUUUAACGUUCUCCCAUCAUGAACAGCAUUCCCUCUCUGCUCCUUCGUGGUUUUAUUUCCCAACAAAGCUGUCUGAGGGUUAUUUUGUUUUGAGUAUUCCUGUAAGGAUUGCCUGCUUCUAGAGUUUUUGACUGCUCUAAAGAUGUCAAACGAUGUCAUGAUUUAAAAGAAAUGUUUCCGUUCACGGUGUGGAUGGAUGGGACUUCGUCAGGAACUGAACUGCUUAACUUUUGGUGAAACUUUGAUGAUGGUCAGUGCAACUAAUCCUCCCUCACGGUGCCGUUCCAUCCAGGAUGGUUCUGGUGGUUCUUUUUAAGCCCAGAUUUGGUGGAUUUGGCUUAUUCUGGGUCUGCUGUUUCCUCACCGUUGUCCAGUGUGUGAAAAACCACCAACCUCCCUAAAAAAAUAACACAACCUUGCAUGUUCAACAGACACCGAAGCUGCACCUAGCAUGAAGACAAACCUUUAAAGGACGAUGUAGAAAAAUAACGGUUAUAGAUAUAUAAAAUCAAGAAAAAAAUCAAUAAAAGAGUUCUUAGUUUA